CACUCUCUCCAUUUAGACCUUUAUUUUGCCGUCGGCUGUCGCUAUAACGAAAGCGGAUUAUCUGAAAAUACUGCUACAGCUGAAACUCAGCGGAACAAUUGUCUCCAUCCGCACCCGCGCGAACGUUUUGCGAUAGCGUAAUUCGAGCGCAAUUUUCGCCACUCGCUCUUCGCGGACGAAUCAGGCAUGACACGCAGUUUCGGAUCGUAGCUCGUCGCUGAAGCUAGCCGCAGGCGGCAGGAGUCCCGUGGUCAAAAGCGUAGUGCAACUCGAUCGCUGCUGACUGCGCUGCGCGCCGAGGAGGCAAUGUCCGAAGAAUGCGGCUCUGAGCUGAACUCUGCGGGUUACUACAGUUUCAGCGGCUUUGAUACCAAGACGCCGUUUCUGAUUGGCGUCGCCGGUGGUACGGCAUCUGGGAAGACAUCGGUAUGCCGCAAAAUCAUGUCGCGGGUGGGGCAGGAGGGCCAAGUGGUGUGCAUCCAUCAGGACAACUUCUACAAGGGACUGUCGCCACUCGAACGGGAUCGGGCCAACAGGGGCCUCUUCAACUAUGACCAUCCAGUUUUGAACACCAGAUACAAGCCCAUGAAAGCAAACCUCAACCCGUCUAGACCUUUGUGCACCAGUACCAUGUCAACUGCAGGUUUCACAUCCCCAGAUGUGUUUGACGACGAGCUGAUGGCAGCAACCCUGAGUGACAUCUUGCAGGAGAAAGUGGUGCAGCUGCCUGUCUACGAUUUCAUCACUAGCACACGGCUGCGGGACCAAUGGAUAAGCAUAGCACCUGCAGACGUUGUUCUGGUGGAAGGGGUGCUACUGUUUUACUUUCCACGCCUACGAGACAUGUUUCACAUGAAGCUCUUUGUGGAUACCGACCCGGACACACGACUUGCACGCAGAGUGCUCCGUGAUGUGAAAGAACGCGGUCGGGACCUCGAGAAAGUUCUGCACCAGUACACAAAUUUUGUGAAGCCUGCGUUUGAGGAGUUUUGCCUACCUACAAAGAAGUAUGCUGACGUUAUUAUUCCCAGAGGUGCUGACAACGAAGUGGCCAUUGAUUUGAUUGUGCAGACAAUUCAGGAGCUGCUGCAUCAUCACCACAGCCGUGGGGAACCCCUGCCUCGAUCAGGUUCCUCCUUAGCCAAGCACCCCCACUGACCGACUUCUGGGAUGCUUGCUUUUACACGUGGCAAAGGUUACAGAGUGUGUGCAGUGUACAUUAGUGUAAUGUUAUUCAUACAAUAAAUACAGGCUUGGUGUUCAGACUUUUGCAUAUGAUGUGCUGAGUAUUCAUGAAUUUUGAAGCAUUUAACCGGUGUGUGUUUUUUGUAUGCACAGUGACAACAAAUAAUUUGCCGGCGAUUGCAAGGUUUUGCAACCCAUGGCACCUGCCCGCUAGCUGCAUGGAAGCGUGACCACUGCUGCAUUAAUAACUGGCUCUUGGUAUCAUUGGAUACAUCUGUGGGCUAACGCAGUGCCAUAAAUUUGAACUCGCGCUCUACAGGCUGUGUAGUACAUGCUUAAGAACGAAACAGCAUGAAAUACACGGGGAUGUAGAAAAAAAAAGUCAAUGGCGCAAGUGAUUCAGUGCUUGUGUUGUCUACUUUUCCAUGUCCCUGUGUUUCUCGCGCUGUUUUUUUCUUAAGCGUGGGUCUAUACCAACAUGUCCAGCUUUCGGUCUUGCUGUGCAGUACAGUAGAACCUCGUUGAUGCGAUCCCGUUAUGUACGAUUUCCCAGCGCCAACGUUCGCGAUCGAGAACACAAAAAAUGACCCAAUAGAGUUACGUUUAUUUUAAUUACCGGUUUAUACAUUCCCGGAAAACACAGAUUUUUCAGCACCAACGUUCAGUACAUUGCCAAACUGCGAUCGUAUGAUACGUUUUCCGGCUGCUAGACCCCAUGUAAACAAUAACAUCCGCGAGACACGCAUUAUCGAGAGCACUGUAGAGCCGUCCGCCACAGCAGCUUCACCACAAUACUCGCCCACCUGUCUCACGUGAAAACUCUGGCGUGCACUAAAUUUCUUAUUUCGGUACCAGGAAAUCUUCCCCCGGGGUCAUUGCACACCGCAUUCACAGCUAUCACCACCAACUCUAUUACGAUAAGCAUCUUCGCCUAUCUGUUUUACAGGGCGUGGAGGGUGUAGUGCCAUUCUUAGCGUACUGCACUUUUUUUAAAAAGUAGGCGAUAAUCCAAACGUACUGCCGUUCCCUGCUGCAGGCGGCAUGAUGUGAGCUUGAUGUUUCGCUUCAGUAGCAUCCGGCGUUGCCUACCACAUCGAUUUCGUUUCGGUUUCCCAUUGCAGUCUUAAAACACUACGCAAUAGGAAAACAAUAAAAUAUGUCUCGGGCCGCCGAAGCCCCACCAGCUCGACGUGUGUCUCGUGCCACGUGUGCAAAUAUUCGCACAACACUUCACAUUACGUAGAUGUCAACUACAGUUGAGUCUGUCAAGUUUUUUAGUCAUUUCGGUUCGUUUUUUUUUUCUGGUUAGUACGUUUUUUUCUCGCGUCUUUUCCCAAAAUGUAUGAAUGAGGUUCUACUGUAACUAUGAUCAGUAAAGUGCACUGCUGUACAAAGCAGUGUACAUAUGGCAGAAAAUGCUUAUUAAUUAAGCACCUAUUAACUUGCGAUGCCGAAGACUCCUUAAUUUGGAGAUAUUUUUCUAACACACUGGCUCAUUCAAACUGGACAAGCAUAGGAGCACCACAAAUCAACUCUGCAAAAGUGGUGCUAGCAUCCAACCAAAAAGAAGCAGCUGUUUGUGUGCUCAAUGCACAGCACUGCAAUUAUUACUUGGUAACAAGGUACCACAGUAACAACGUGCACAGUGUUUCAUGCUGUGUGGCUGUGAGAACAUGGCGUAUUUACGCCCACUGUUCCAUGUUGCACCACAUGCAAUAGUGUGACUUGUACAAUAGGCACAGCAAAUGCAGCAAGCAGGUUGUCUCGUUUUGAUUCAAUGCGAGGCAUGCAAUUUUACAGGCGCUUUGGAAGCCAUCCUUGAGCAGAAUGAAAGGGCUUUGAUUUCAAAUGGCUGACUACAUCACAUUCAAUGGCGACAUUGCCAGCUCGCCGGCUGAUUACGAAAUGUUCAAGAAAUGUGCUCAGUUUUUAAAAACUCGCGUAUUCAAGUAAAAUUGUGUUGGUGCAGUAAACAUUUAUCAACCCUUUGAGGGUCACUGCCAUACAUUUAUGGUGGUGACUGCACCAUUGAAAGAAUGCACCUUUUUAAGGUUAAAUGUGCUGCCUAGCAUCACCCUAGAGGUGCUGCUACAUCCUGCAAGUUCUCAAGAAAUUUUUCUUAUUGUGCUACGACAUCUCGACUUCCAUGAGAACUGAUUUUUUACUUUGUGCUUUGGUGAGGCUACCACUGUGCUGGCUCAAGUGUAUACACGCUUUGUCUUGUUUACUGCCACAUGCUCACACUUGCACUUCUGUGCUUUAGAUUUGUUAUUGUCAUGUGCCAUUCUGGGUUAUGGGCAUCAUGAAAACUUAUUUUCAAUCCCGUUUGUAAUCUCGCUAAGUGUUACUGCGAGUUACUGCCGCGCAUGGUUCUUCAUAAUCCAACAGUUGCUUUGUUUACAAGCAGGUACUCACAAAUAGAUGAUAUCACUACACACGAGUUUCUUUUCGGAAGAUGUGCAACAGCUGCUUGUAUCUCAUUUAGUGACCCAACAGAUGCCUACUGCAAGUUUCUCACUUGCUUGGUUUUUCUGUUGGGAAUGCAACCAGCGAGCUUACAUGGCAUGUCUCACUUUCGCCCUGACUGCACGUGCUGGUUUUUUUCAGAGCGAUUUCUAAGAUAGAAGGAAGUCCUGAGAAUUUACUUUAUUUGUAAAGUACUUAUAUAUACUGGUAAUAUAAAUUUUUUUCGUCACUUUAAUGUCACUUAAAAAAACAUUUCUUGGUUUUCUCUUUAAAUAUGCCAUUGUGAAAAUUUUAUAUCUGAUAUUAAAGAAAUUGACACUGGCACGGGAAAGAGGAAAGGGGCGGGGGGGGGGGCACAUUUGACAUGCACAAAAAAAAACACAACCGUUGAAGGGUUGAGUGUUUUUGUCCCUGCAGUAAUAGUACUUAAAAAUCUAAAUUAACAAGGGCCACCAUUUUGUACCGAUGCCUACCUCUCAAUUCAAUGCUGCUCUGAUCAUCCACCAUUCCAGGCCGGCUAAUCCCAUUGAUAAUGCUGGCAGAACAUCGCUCUGACCUCUGACGAGGCACGAAAGCCAAGGUUUUGCUUUAGUAAUUCAAGCUCUGCACUUCUUUCAGCAAGCAAAGUUUGCUGCUUACCUGCAUGGAUAAAAGAUAGCAAUUGCAGUGCUGCUUGUAGCGCAUGAUUUGAAAGGUUAGAUGCAGAACACAUGGACAUAAGAAGAUGACAAGGGCAAUGCACAUGCCAACACAACACAAAUGUGGCAUUUGUAUUGUCCUUGUCAUCUUGUGUCUUCUUUGAGUAACCUUUCAUACCAUGAAUCCUUACCAGCUCACUCAGCUUUCUGUCAUUCUUUGCUUGUAGCUGUUUAUCCUCACUUCUUGGGAGGAAAUUGUUUCUUUUUUUUCUGUGUGUGUGUGCAAAGUAAGUUCCUAAAAGCAUGAAAGCUUUAGUUCAACUCGAACUAGUAAUUGCCAUGUGUACCAGCAGAUGACCUGAAAUACAGCAGCACUGUGCAUCACAUUACAAAUGUAUUGUUGAGUGCCUGACUGCCUAUUGUUGCCAAGUGUAAUCAUUAGGGUCACUCGUAGCAUAGCUAUACAUUUAGUGUAGACUGACAAGCACUGGAAAUGGAGACUCGGGUUAGAGAGCUGGCUCAUAGCAAACUCUUGUUUUGUUUGAUGUAGAUGAUGAGUGCUUGAGGUUCAUGAUGGAAUGCCAGCCCUGUCCUCUCAUCACAGUCCUAGGCGAGCACUUGAGCUCCAGACGAAAGUUACACUAACGUCGUAAUCUGUAAAUGCACUCCAUACAACUGCACCUGUGUUAAAGCGAUGUGCAAAGCAUUUGGGGGGCUUGGACUUUCUGUUGUUCGUUACCUUUACAGUAUCACGACUAUGAGAUGAGAGAGAAAGGCAUAUGAUGCAUUGCCGAGGGUGCCAGUGACAACACUUGUAAUAUGCCAGCCACAAGGCACGAGAUUAUGAAAGUCAUUUCAGUUCAUUGGGCUAGCUGAGAGGCAAGAUUUACCAUCUUGCCUCUCAGCUAGCCUUUUAUAAAGAAAAUUUCUUGUGCAUGAGCUAGCUGAUAUGAAUGAUUCAGCAGUCAGCAGAACAAUGAUAGCAAGAAGCAUUGCAUUAGGCUCAUCUGAAGCGCAACUGUUAAGAUAAAUUCUCGGGUAAGUAUUACAGUUCGAGGACCCUGGUUUCACUUUCCAUCAUUCAGUGCACUGUUAUGCUGAGCUUCUGGCAAGAUGAACAGAUUUUUGAAGUAUUAUUCAAAAGUAUCCUGUGCCUUCCUUUGCAUUCUUCUCCAGUCAUCUGCUGAACCCUACUUGCAUCGUAUAUAGGCUGUGAAGCUGCUGAUCUGACAGUGGAUUCUAACUGUUUAAAUAGUUUCAGUUAAGUGCAUUCAAAGCAAGCUCACUUAUCCGGAAUAACUGCCAGCUUACCUCGUGAAACAUACAUUUCAGUGAGGCAGCUGUGAGAUGCGAAAAUGAAUCCUAUUGCAGCUCGCAAGGCAGAGGUGACAGUCGGCACAGUUUACUCAUUAUCAAUUACACAACACAUUUACACCAUCCUCACACUUUUGUAAUAGUUGGCAUGGGGUUUUAUAACUGUGGAAGCACAGAUGUAGUCUGCCCAUAGCUGCAUAAUGCAAAUCUGAUAACAGAUACCAUUUUGUGCCCUGAAUGCUUAUAAUAUACCAUGCUUUUACUUUUUUUAGUUUGCUUAUUUUAAACAGAAUUUUUCUAAAUUUCCUAUGGCACACCUCAGAAUCUACUCGAGGAGAUGGGCAAUAAUUUCAUGAGGAAUACCAGUAAAUAAUUAGCUAAUGAGCCAAAUUUUUUUAACCUCUCUGCUGUGCUGUUAUUGAUGAAUUCAUUGCAGGGAGUUUUUAAGGCAUUUGUAAUUAAUUUUGAAAGUGCACAACACCGGUCUUAAAAUGAGUGGCCUAAGACUUGCAUCAAAAUGCACUGUUCCACUUACUGUUUUGAUAAAACACCUUUCUAAGCAGUGCAGUGCAUAUUUAACUGGAACAGAUAUCUCAAAGCUGCUGCCUGCGUCUUAAUUCCUUCUAUGUAAAUAUUCCUUGUGAAUUCACCAGCUUAAUUUAGUAAAUUGCAAUACGUGCCUUGAAGUUAUACGUAAAAUAAUUAAUCGUGUUGACUGGUCAAAUCAUUCGCUUCAAUUUCUUGCACAAAUGUACAGCUCUUUUAAGUAAUUCAGCUCAAGGAAUGCUAAGAAUUGUGCUAUCGGCUACAAGUGGUUUCGAAAUAUUUUGUUCACAUUAAAAAGAUGCCUGGUAUGCGUAAUGCAGUACUGUGUCAUUGGCAAUAAAUGACCAAUGUAGGCCAUAUGUAGGCGUUGUAUGGCAUGCUUGGCAGUCCUCUAGGCUGUCCUUGCAAAAUGUCAAAUCAAUGGCUACACGUCAAAAAUUGAGUGCCUGAACGGUGAUUUGUGGAAGUAGUGUGCAGAUUCUGUUAUGAAAUCAAUGUGUAGACCACAUGUCAAGCACCACAUUCUUAGACUUUUCCACAAGAGCGUAUUUGCACAUUUGUGGGAUGCUUACCUGCUGCAUGCUUCUUUUGUGCUUACCUUGCAAGAAUAUUUUUAAAAGCUCCAUACUCUGGUCACAAAAUACUGGUGACCACUACAGCUUGUUAAGUACUGCAAUUUGGCCAUAUUAUCCUCGCUUCCGAAUAUUUAGGCUGGUGGUGCUUCAUUUUGAAUAGCGAGCUUUUGAUAAGAAACAGUAUUUUGCAAAAAAAAAAUGGUGAAGAUAGCAAUGCUGAAACUGCCAUUGUGGAGUCACUGUCUUGCCUAGAGCAUUGUGUGCUAACCAUUGCGUUCUAGCUACGAGUGGUUUCAUUUGGCAAAAGUGCUGCAAUCUUUGCGCUUAUUUUCAGGCGAGCAGUAUAACCUAGAUAUCCCCAUGGUUGUGGACUACACCAUCUGUGACAGCCUUUUAAUGCCUUGGGUUGCAAAACCUAACGUUUUGUUACAUCAAUGAUGGUUUGAUUUUACUUGUACUGUAUAACAGGUCAUUCUGAACCAUAUGUAGGAUUGACCUUGUAUAAGGAUACACUCUAUUGUUUCCUGGAAACAUCCUGUUGAGUAGUGUUUGACACUUGCUUCUUGUAAUGUAUAUUUUUGCAUGUUUGUGUUUGGCUACUUGUGAAUAUAUUUUUUUUCUCUACAAUUUCCUCAUUGCCUUUUAAAUGCACAUGCACAGUGGUGGACUGCCCAUUCAUCAUGUUUGGAGGGGUAUGAAGUUUGUGCAAAAACGCCUUAAGGACAGAGCAAUGCAGCAAGUUGGUUUAUUCUCCUGGUUGCAGUCCCUAUAGAUGAGAGUUUCGCACUAAAUUUACUAGAGGAAAAUCUGGCAAUACAAUUGUUCAGCUACCAUGGGAAUGAUGAGUAGUGCAUGGAAUUGUCUAGGAGACAUAUUCUGAAACGUUCCACUUCGGCAAUAUUUCACUCUUUGCCUUCAGAUGCGCGCUGAUUGGCUGGUUGAGCAAAAUUGAAUGACGUCGGGCUCAAUCAGUUCAUUCAAUUUUGUUAAAACAUCCAAUCAGCGCGCACCUGAAGGCGAAAAGCGAAAUAUUUAUUUAGCAAUACUGUAAGCCUUUACAGGCUCAUACAGGAGUGGGUCACAAGCAGAACAGAACAAAACCUCGUGGGCCAAAACAGGAGAAAGCAAUGAAAUGCAGUAAUUUUUACAGCGCAAAUAAACAAGAUACAAACAGAACGAACAGAUCAAAGAAAACAGUGCAAGGCAGAUAAUGCAGGCAAGGGGUAAGAGCUGCGAAAACUGCAAACGUGGUGAUCAAACAAUCGGAACAUAGUUGCGCAGCACAAUGUUGUAGCAGAGCACUAAACAAUCGCUAGCAGACCUACUCAUAGAAAAGUACACAUAUUUUGGUUUCAAAUUGUUUGAUAGAGUCAACAUGCGCAAUUCCUUCUGGCAAAUGGUUCCAGGCUUCAAUUGCAGAGGGAAAAAAUGAAUAUUUAAAUGUGUUGCAGCGAGUGGAACGUUUAAGAAUACAUCUCCAGUAUUCUGGCUUCAGCUGUUCCUUGUGGUUUUACUUGUUACACUUGAUCUUUCUAAAUUUCCAUAUUUAUUACCACAUCAAGGCAAUAAGUUCCUGCUCACAUGCAUAAUUAUUUCAAAUUGUUGCUUUUAUAACAAAAUUGUUUGCCAAAAAUGAUUAAUUUACAAAGUCACUAGGUCAUUUGAAGUUGGAAGAACAAAGCUUAGGCAAAUCCAUGCACUAACCGUAAUUGCCUUGCUUGCUUAACCGCCACACUCAUAGUUUCCAUAGACAUUAAUGCCACAGUUCCCUCUAGUAACUUUUGUAGGAAACUCCUUGCUGCAGAUGGCCACGGUGCUGUUGCUUUCACUGCAGAACACACUUACUUUCAUGUAUGAAAUGCCUGCAUUCACCCAUACUCCAUCUCAUUCUGAUUGGGUCAACUGCAAAAGCUAUAGGCAGCGCAAGUCAAUGACGGCAUUGUGACUGGCGAUGGAAUCAGUCCCAGGGUAAAGUUGAUUUGGGUUUGUUUUGGUUCACUGGGUAGGGCACACGCCACCGCCUCACCAAUCUCGACAGAAACAUUUCUUAUGAUCUUAUUUUUUUUUUAGCCAUCUGGCAUUCACAUUAAUUGCAGAAUUCCGAAAAAGCAUGUUUUGAAUUGUAUGUACCCAGCAAGUGUACGACUGCUUAGAAGCAGUCGCCUGAUAUCUAAAAUGUCACAACCAUAAUUUUUAAAUGGAAAUAUGUAAAAAGUGAAUGAAACUUGUACACUUGCGAGUUUUGUUGUGUUUUUGCAGUUUCAAAUUUAUAUUGAUUGUUGGAGCCAAAUUAGGAAGCAAAAAGCAAAUGUUUUUGAUAAAGUUUGCCUGCUAGUGUUGUCAUUUGAGAAAAGUGAAGAGAAUUGCACCACGAACAUAAUUAUCGUUGCUUGCAAAUUGUGGCCUUUAGGAAAUAAAUUUGCAAGAACUGUGUUAAAAUGGGAAUGGGGCACUGUUUAGCAUGCAGUCCCUCAUAACCUUUCCAAUUUGUAAGGCCACAUCGAUGUGGGCCAUCAGAUAUACAAGUGCAUCCUUGGAAUGCUUACUCAGGGUAUUUGAGUGUCCUCGGGUAGUCCUUGACUGGCCCUCCACCAGCCAUGCCAGGAUCCGCAUGUGCAAGUUAAUUCGGAGCGUAUUUCGAUUCUUGUUCCGAGUUCUCUCGUUACGAUAGCUGCUGCUUUUCUUGAUGGAGCUGCAACAAAUAACCACCUGAACACAUAAAGGUAAGAAUAAUAUGUACUAUUGUCAUGGAAUGAAGUGCAUGAAUUCAGGGGUUACUAAUAUGAGGGCUCAUUUCUGCAAUCUCCAGUUUGUGUUAAAUCGGCGUAAUUUUGGCUCCUAUGCAUAGGCCAGAGUUGAUGCCACCUAUGCGUAUUGGCGUGACAUUGCACUCUCGAGUGAUUGUGCUUAUUGGGUGUACUUUCAAAUUUUCCUGUCUCAUUUCCGUGAGUAUAGUACACUUUAUGUACUCGAAGUUGAUGCAAGAGCCACAUGAUUUACUGAAGUAGCUGUUUUCUUUUAGUAUCUGCUAAACAUCCAUGUUGCAGUUGUGAAUUGUAACCAUAUGUGAUUCAAGAAGCUCUCAAUCAGGGGUUUAGUUCUGGUCUUAUAUGGUGUACAUAUGAAAUGCUAGCACUGUUUAAGUUGCACACAGCUGUGGUGCCUUUGGCAUGGGUUUAUAGAAAAGCCAUAUUUGUAAAAAAAUGCAGGUUUUUGAUCUUUAUUGCUUAAAAUGUAAUUUGUCAAAAGAAAUAGGUCUGUCUCCUUCCUAUUUGUAGUCACCUGUCCUGUAUGAAAAUGAAAAAUUUUCAACUUCCGGGAAAGUGACACUUUGUGAGGAUGUAUCUUGUAAGCUUUUCAAACAUGCCUUGGUAGGGUGCAUUGAGGAUGUGCAUUUCAAUUUGUGUACUUCUUGUUUAUUUGAGUGAACACAUAACUGUUCUCUGUAAUUGUAAUCAGGUAUCUUUGCAUGUCAAUUGAAAAUACUAGUUUUAUUAUCACCUUUGUGGUUUGUAUAGUCAAUGUGUCCACUUCUCUGCAUCACCAUACUCAGACGCAAAGCUGUAUUUCUUUUUCUUUUGUAGUAAUUUUUUUAAUGCAAAAGAUGAGGACUGUUUGUGGAAUUUAUUGAGGGCCUGUCACUGAGGUCAAGGUGCAUACAGUGAUAAAUAAAGUGUAUUGAAUGAGUGGCUUGA